ACUGUAGAUUGGGCAAUGUCAGAACUGACAAAACAUCCGAGAAUCAUGCAGAGGCCACCGGAUGAGGUGAGGGAAGUGUAUGACAAAACACAACAGGUGAACGAAACGAGCAUCAAAGAGAUGAAAUAUUUAAAGUUGGUUAUUCAAGAGACACUGAGGUUACACCCUGUUGUUCCCUUGUUACUUCCACGAGAAUGUGGAGAGAGGUGUGAGAUUGAUGGAUAUGAAAUACCUGUCAAAACAAAGGUAAUUGUGAAUUCUUGGGCAAUUGGAGGAGAUCCCAGUUACUGGACUGAGCCCGAGACCUUUUAUCCAGAGAGAUUCCUUGAUAGCUCUACUAACUACCGAGGAACAACCUUUGAGUAUAUACCAUUUGGCGGUGGAAGUAGAAUUUUCCCUGGCAUAUUAUAUGGUCUCGCUAAUGUUGAGAUCCCACUAGCAUUGCUGUUAUAUCAUUUUGAUUGGAAACUCCCCAAUGGAAUGAAGAAUGAAGACUUGGACAUGACUGAGGACUUUGGCAUUGCAGUCCGCAGAAAAGAAGAUCUUCAUUGUUUAAGUGAACAACUCAGAAAUCUCAACAAAGACAUAAGCUAUGAACGUAGCAAGUUCUUCUUGAAGAUUUUACCUUUGAAGCUUGAAAUACCCAAUUGA